AUGGUCUUCACUGGGCUGCUCACCUCCAGCGAUAGAACCCCUUCGGUCCGGUCCAAAUCGAGCGAGUCCGAUCUCCACCUCCAGCACGAAUACAUCUACGAUGAAGCCCAGCUACCUUGCCUCCCGCCUGAGAGGCCCGAUCUCCGCGAGCUGAACAACAGCCUCGAAGCCCUUGCCGCCGUGUUUCCAGAUGUCCAGAUCGAGGUCUUUCGAGAGUUGCUGUCCAACUUUGACGGCGAAUCCCGACUUGCUCUGGUUGCUGACGCCCUCCUCAAGAACAGGGUGACUUGGGUCAAGGGUCGCUGGAGAGUACCCGACAAGGAAACGGCCCGUCCCGAAACUGUACCAAAAACAGAAGUAUUCAAGAGCAAGGAAUACAAAAGAGCUGUGCAAAAUCUGGCAUGGCAUGAGUUCAAGGGGUUAUCACGGUCUACCAUCAACGCUGUCCUAGCCGAAUCCAACUAUUCCUACCUCGAAGCCCGACAGACCCUCGUCACGCUAUCUUCUAAAUCAUGGCGCUUCACGAUCUCAUCGCUGUUCUUUCGACGGAAACCUAUCGCUACGGGCGAGGCAGAAAACCAUCCGUUAGUAUCAUGGCGCUCAACCGGUCAAGGGUCUAUCAUCCCCACCAUUCGGACAACGGGCAGUGCAGAGUUUGACCGCGAACUGUACGAUAUCCUGGUGGCCCCUCUGAAAGAGAAGGAUAGAAUGGAUAGAGAGGGAAGAGAUAGAGGCCUGGCCAUAAUUCUCAACAACGAAGAAGCAGAAGAGGCCGAAGCAACGCACGAGUGUGUCUGCUGCUUCACAUCAGCAGCCUUUGAGGAGUUCACACACUGCAACCGCGAGGGUCAUUUAGUCUGCUACCGAUGCGUGCAGCACUCCAUAAAAGAAGCUGUGUUUGGUCAAGGAUGGCAGAGCAGCAUCAACCCAGAAACGGGAACGCUCAAGUGCCUCUCCUCCGACGGCGACGGGUGUCCUGGGCACAUACCGCCUGAUCACCUCCAUCGAGCCAUGGACGAAGAGAAGAAAGGGGCAGAAAUCCUGCACAAGCUUGAUCGUCGGUUAGCAGAGCACAGUCUCCUGGCAGCGAAUCUACCCUUGGUCCGAUGCCCUUUUUGUGACUACGCCGAAAUCGACGACAUAUAUACGCCAGCUCACGAAUCUGCUCUUCGCAUCAAGUCGGAUAGUAUCUACAACCUUUUCGUCCUAGUCCUCUGCAUCGGGACUCUCCCUUUCGUCUUUCCGUUCGUACUUAUCUCUUCCUUCAUAUGUCUCCUUCUCAGCACGCAGCAGUCCUUUGGUGAUUACAUUUCAGUCGAGUGGUCCAAGGCCCUUAAUCGUCACCGUCGUCGCCGUCGCGGUACAAAGUUCACAUGCCAGAGUCCCGAGUGCGGCCGCUCGUCAUGUCUCUCAUGUCACAAGUCAUGGAAGGAUAUACACGUGUGUAACGAGUCGUCACUCGUAGCGCUCCGCACACAGGUCGAGCAAGCGAUGAGCAUGGCGAUCAAGCGUGUCUGCCCCCGUUGCAAUACAUCGUUCGUCAAGAAUGCAGGUUGCAACAAACUUACAUGUCCCUGUGGCUACAAGAUGUGCUACGUUUGCCGUGCCGACCUCACCGACGAGGGAUACCGCCACUUUUGCGACCACUUCCGCCCUGAAGGAGACGCUAGGCAAUGUAAGGAAUGCGAUAGGUGCAAUCUUUGGGAAUCAGAGGAUACAGAAAAGGUCCUGCAGGCAGCGCGCGAAGAGGCGGAGCGCAAGUGGAAAGACAUGGAGAACCGAGAACUUUCAGGCGUCGAGCGUGCGUUCCUCGAGACAGGCGUUGCAGGGAACAGAAUGGACGUGAGUGUUGAGCGUGUGUUAUUUAGUGGGCGAAUUCCUGCUCUUGCAGAGGUUUUUGAUCUCAUCGUAGAAACAGUUUUUGUUUGA